CUCUGACAGUGUUGUGAAGGGAGCAGAAGAGGAGAAACCUAAUCUCAGAACCCAACAACACCUAGCAACAGUUGAAAAAACUUUUAAACAAAAGUCUGGGUGGGAGAUAUACAACUUCCAAUUUCUGCUGAUCAGGAUUUCAGGGAGAAGAAACUGCUUUCCCCCUCUACUCAGUUUCCUGCAUGACUUCAGCUAUUGGCUAGACCCAGGAAAGAAAGUGGGAAAAGCUCUUUCCUCUGUAUUCUUUUGGGCUGGAUAGAUUUACAGGACUCGAUUCUGUCCUGGGCUGUGGGACAAGCCACUGGGUUCUUCAAAGGAUAAACUACCUCCAUAAAGGACAUAUCCUUGGUUAAACGAGCUGCUGGCAGGUACAGAGAAGAACGUCUCUACUAUAAGAAAAACGGCACAAAUAUAGUAACAAAAACAUGGAAGUUCAGUUGUGAUCUCAGUGCUCAAGAGGCUGUGGAGAGUGGUAAGGACUGUGCUGCCCCAGCUGGUAAAUGCUGCAUCUUAAUGUGUGGGGAUGAGAUCCCGAAACCAAGGUGGUGAAAGUUCAUCUAACGGGCACAUCUCCUGCCCCAAGUCUUCCAUCAUCAGUAAUGCUGAUGAUAAGAGUCUCUCAGAAGAUGCAAAAAAGAAGAACAAAUCAAAUAGGAAGGAGGAUGAUGUCAUGGCUUCGGGAACUGUCAAACGACACCUAAAACCAUCUGGAGAAAGUGAACGAAAGCCUAAGAAAUCUCUGGAGUUAUCCAAAGAAGAUCUCAUCCAGCUACUCAGCAUAAUGGAAGGGGAGUUGCAGGCCAGAGAAGAUGUGAUCCAUAUGUUGAAGACAGAGAAAACCAAGCCUGAGGUUCUGGAGGCUCACUAUGGAUCUGCAGAACCAGAGAAAGUGCUUCGGAUUCUGCACCGAGAUGCCAUCCUUGCUCAGGAGAAGUCCAUAGGAGAAGAUGUCUAUGAGAAACCCAUCUCAGAGCUGGACAGACUUGAGGAAAAGCAGAAAGAAACCUACCGGCGCAUGCUAGAGCAGCUGCUGCUGGCAGAGAAGUGUCACAGGCGUACUGUGUACGAGUUAGAGAACGAGAAGCACAAACACACUGACUACAUGAACAAAAGCGACGAUUUCACCAACUUGCUGGAGCAGGAGCGGGAGAGGUUGAAAAAGCUCCUUGAACAAGAAAAGGCUUACCAAGCCCGUAAAGAAAAGGAAAAUGCUAAGCGGCUGAAUAAACUAAGAGAUGAACUUGUCAAACUCAAGUCUUUUGCACUCAUGCUGGUGGAUGAAAGACAAAUGCACAUUGAGCAACUUGGCUUGCAAAGCCAGAAAGUACAGGAUCUUACUCAGAAACUGAGGGAAGAAGAAGAAAAGCUCAAAGCCAUUACUUCAAAAUCCAAAGAAGACAGACAGAAACUGCUCAAGUUAGAAGUGGACUUUGAACACAAGGCUUCUAGGUUUUCUCAAGAGCAUGAAGAGAUGAAUGCUAAAUUGGCUAACCAAGAGUCUCACAACAGGCAACUUAGACUCAAGUUGGUUGGCUUAUCUCAAAGAAUUGAGGAGCUAGAAGAGACCAAUAAAAAUCUUCAAAAGGCAGAGGAAGAACUUCAGGAAUUAAGAGAUAAAAUUGCCAAAGGUGAAUGUGGAAACUCCAGCCUCAUGGCAGAAGUGGAAAAUCUCCGAAAGCGUGUGUUGGAAAUGGAGGGUAAAGAUGAAGAGAUCACGAAAACUGAAUCCCAGUGCAGGGAACUGAGGAAGAAGCUGCAAGAGGAAGAACACCAUAGUAAGGAGCUCAAACUUGAAGUUGAGAAGUUACAGAAAAGAAUGUCUGAACUGGAGAAACUGGAAGAAGCAUUUAGCAAGAGUAAAUCUGAAUGCUCCCAGCUACACUUAAAUCUGGAGAAAGAAAAGAAUUUAACCAAAGACCUGCUAAAUGAAUUGGAGGUAGUCAAGAGUCGAGUUAAAGAACUUGAGUGUUCUGAAAGUAGACUGGAAAAGGCAGAAUUAAGCCUCAAAGAUGAUCUCACAAAGCUGAAGUCAUUUACAGUGAUGCUGGUUGAUGAAAGGAAAAAUAUGAUGGAAAAAAUAAAGCAAGAAGAGAGAAAAGUGGAUGGACUCAAUAAAAAUUUUAAGGUGGAACAAGGCAAAGUUAUGGAUGUAACUGAAAAACUAAUCGAAGAAAGUAAGAAGCUUUUAAAACUGAAAUCUGAAAUGGAGGAAAAGGUGUACACUUUGACAAAGGAGAGAGAUGAGUUGAUAGGUAAACUGAAAAGUGAAGAAGAAAAAUCCUCUGAAUUAAGCUGCAGCGUUGACUUAUUAAAGAAGAGACUUGAUGGUAUGGAGGAAGUGGAAAGAGAAAUAACAAGAGGAGGAAGAUCUCGAAAAGGACCUGAGCUCACCUGCCCAGAAGAUAAUAAGAUUAAGGAACUAACGCUUGAAAUUGAGAGACUGAAGAAGCGUCUCCAACAGUUGGAGGUGGUGGAAGGGGAUUUGAUGAAGACAGAGGACGAGUAUGAUCAGCUGGAGCAGAAAUUCAGAACCGAGCAGGAUAAAGCUAACUUCCUCUCUCAGCAGUUAGAGGAGAUCAAGCACCAAAUUGCAAAAAACAAAGCAAUAGAGAAAGGGGAGGCUGUGAGCCAGGAAGCUGAGCUAAGACAUCGAUUUCGAUUGGAAGAGGCUAAAAGUCGAGAUUUAAAAGCCGAGGUACAAGCUCUCAAAGAGAAAAUUCACGAGUUAAUGAACAAAGAAGAUCAGCUUUCUCAGCUCCAAGUAGAUUAUUCAGUCCUUCAACAAAGAUUUAUGGAAGAAGAAAAUAAGAACAAAAACAUGGGGCAGGAGGUCCUCAAUCUGACCAAAGAGUUGGAGCUUUCUAAGCGGUACAGCCGCGCUCUCAGACCCAGCGUGAACGGAAGAAGAAUGGUGGAUGUGCCGGUGACGUCCACCGGGGUGCAGACGGAGGCGGUGGGCAGCGAGGCAGCUGAGGAGGAAACGCCUGCUGUAUUCAUACGGAAAUCCUUCCAAGAAGAAAAUCACAUCAUGAGCAAUCUUCGCCAGGUGGGACUGAAAAAGCCCAUGGAACGAUCCUCUGUCCUAGACAGGUAUCCUCCAGCAGCAAAUGAGCUCACUAUGAGAAAGUCUUGGAUUCCGUGGAUGAGAAAAAGGGAAAACGGCCCCUCAAUCACGCAGGAGAAAGGGCCUCGAACAAAUUCCAGUCCUGGGCACCCGGGCGAGCUAGUUCUUUCGCCAAAGCAGGGUCAGCCCUUGCAUAUCCGAGUGACACCAGACCACGAGAACAGUACUGCGACUUUGGAGAUAACAAGCCCCACAUCCGAAGAAUUUUUUUCUAGUACCACCGUCAUUCCUACCUUAGGGAACCAGAAACCGAGGAUAACCAUUAUUCCAUCACCAAAUGUUAUGUCUCAAAAAACAAAAAGUGCAGAAUCUACUCUUGGCCCAGAACGAGCCAUGUCCCCUGUCACAAUUACUACGUUUUCCAGAGAGAAAACCCCAGAAAGUGGAAGAGGCACGUUUGCAGACAGGCCCACGUCCCCCAUUCAGAUAAUGACGGUGUCUACUUCUGCAGCGCCAGCCGAAAUCGCAGUUUCUCCAGAAUCCCAAGAAAUGCCCGUGGGAAGGACUAUCCUCAAAGUCACCCCCGAAAAACAGACUGUUCCAACACCAGUACGAAAAUACAAUUCCAAUGCCAACAUCAUAACUACAGAAGACAAUAAAAUUCAUAUUCAUUUAGGUUCCCAGUUUAAACGAUCCCCUGGGACUUCAGCUGAAGGAGCUAGUCCAGUUAUUACUGUACGGCCCGUCAACGUGACAGCUGAAAAGGAGGUUUCUACCGGCACUGUCCUUCGCUCUCCCAGGAACCAUCUCUCUUCACGACCUGGUUCCAGCAAAGUGACGAGCACUAUCACCAUAACACCGGUCACAACCUCAUCCACUCGAGGAACCCAGUCAGUGUCAGGACAAGAUGGGUCAUCCCAGCGGCCUACACCCACCCGCAUUCCUAUGUCAAAAGGUAUGAAAGCAGGAAAGCCAGUAGUGGCAGCCCCAGGAGCAGGAAAUCUGACCAAAUUCGAGCCUCGAGCUGAGACUCAGUCUAUGAAAAUAGAGCUGAAGAAAUCUGCAGCCAGCAGCACUACCUCUCUUGGAGGGGGGAAGGGCUGAGGGCAGUGGCUAAGGGGAAAGCGUCAUCAUUCACCAGUUGCGUAUGAACUCCAGAUGAGAUGGUAAACCAAGCACAUACUGGGUGUGUGUACUUCCUCUGAAUCCCUGUUGAAUGGAUAAUAUUUCUGCAGCCCUCUGUCAUACUAAGGUCCUCCAUGCUACUGAUCACAACUGGAAAUAUUUUACCACUUCCAGUGAUUUUUUUAUUUGAGGACAUAAAGGAAAAGCUAAAACAGCCUUGUUGAAAAUAUGAAAAUAUAUAGCAAGAGCAAAUGAAUCUUUGUGCCAAAAGAAAUUUCCUUUUGGGAAGCUUUCAGGUCCAUGGGCACAUACUAUGUAAUUUAUUUUUAUAAUACAUUUUGUAACACCAUUUUUUCCCUAAAGUGUUUCUUUUUUCAUAGUCUAUGGCACAUAUAUCUGUAGAAUACACUGUUAGUUCUUUAAGGUAUUGGUAUUGUUACAUUCAAAAUGGUAACCUAUAACUAUUUUCUUUUUAUCAAUUUGAUAUUUCUGAAGAAAAAAAAGUACACCACUGUAUUUCCCAGGGUAAAACCUAGAAACAGGAUAUUCUGGAAGAAGUUUGACUAUUCUUAUGCAAUGCUAUAGUUCCAGUCAUGGUUCAAUACAAAUAAUGCUCUGACUUAGAAAGUUUACUUUUAAUACAGUUGCUCUUUCUGAUGUUCUAUGCCAAAAACCAAGAUGAACUGAUUUUCAUGUGAAAUAAAUUAAUAUAAAGAGAUAUCAGUUUAACUAUAAAGGGAAACAGGAACAGAUCUGAGUGACCAUUCAAUUAUAUUUCUAUUUGCAUUAUUUACUUACAUGUAUAAGACAUAAGGACUGUGAUAUCAAGAUAUUUCUCACAUUCUACUUUGACAAAAGCUUGCAAAUAAAAACUGACCUAUAUAAUGUCAGUAUCUUUUUAAAAUAAGAAAAAUCCACUAACAUUUUAGACAAUUUUGAUAAAUUUUCACAACCACAUGUAUGUAAGGGAAAAUAUUCCUUAAAGAUAAAAAGCACAAUAUGUAUUAAUCUCAACAUCAAAGCUGCUGUUGAAUUUAGAUUUAUGUGAAAAUGUGCAUCUAAAGUCUACUUGAAACUCUAGUAAUUCAGUUUUUUUUAAAACCUGUGUUUUUUAAAACAAUAAGGUCUUUAAAGAUAACUUUAAAUAUAAAUUAAGUGUUGGUGCAUCAAUUUCUGAAUGCAGAAAUCAUUUAUCAAAAACUGUAACUGAGGUUAAAGAGAGAAGCCACACAAAUAACACUGUUGGCUAAUCUCUGCAGCCCACACGUUGUACCAGGGUUUAUAAACCCACAGAGGAUACUCCACAUUGAGUCUCUGGAAUGAAAAAAUUAAUACUAAAUUUCCUCCCCUAUGUACUAAGAUUUUAAGGUCUACUUAUGGAAUUGGCACAUAUAUUCAAUAUGUAUUAUAAAUUAAAUAAUUAUAUUUUGUUAAAAUUACUUUUUCUUUUUCUUUUUUUUUAAAUAAAAGAAAUGCUACAGUAGGCUUACCCUAGCUUGAAUGAUUGUGGAAGUAACACAAAACCUGUGGUUUUGAUUACUGACUCAGAAAACUAAAGUGUGUACGUGUGAAGAUUUUAAAAAUUGUUACUAUGUUUUGUUUUCUGAAAAUGUUGAACUGUAAUGACAUUUUCAAUUAGGAAACGGUUCUAAUAUUGCUAUAUUUUUCAAUUCACAGUUAAGUGCCCUAUUUGCCAGUGUUUAGAGCUAUGAUGGCAAAAACAUUUGGAUAUGUCACAGAUUAGCAUUUGAAGUGAAUAGCUUUUUCUCAACUUGUGGGAAUUUUAUUAUGCUAACAGUAAAAAUGUUAGAGGAUAAGAAUUUAAAUAUUUGUUGAUUCUAAAUUAAAAUAUUACUAGCAAUUUAUGUAUAUUUGGAUCUAAAGUGCUUUUUCCUCCUGAACUUAUAAUGAAAAUUGUUACUUGCAAGAAUAGUGAGGAUGGUGGUACAGUCAAAAAUUUAGAUAGACACCAAGCUUUUUUUGGUCUAUGCUAUGAUUAAUUUCUCUGUUUAGACUUGAAUGGAAUCUGAAUGACAGAUAAAUAAAAUUAAUCACAUUAAUUUUGAAAUAAGAUAGGAUCAACAAAAUAGAUCAUAAAAACUCACACCUCGAGGUCCAUAUCCAUUUGAAAAUAUUGCCUUCACAUGAAAUCUUGGCACUAUACUAGAAUUGCAUCAUAUAAUUACCCUAUCUUUUAUUGUAAAUGAAUCUCCAAUAAUCACUCUGAAUGAGAAUCAUUUUUGAAUGGAAUAAUUGUAAAUGCUUUCUGAAGUAAAAUCAUAAUCUGUUUCCAGUUCAAGGUACAAUAAAUUAACCCAUUAUUUUA